AUGUAUUUGCGAAUGACUUCGGGCACCGAAAAUUUGCCCUGUGCCUAUGCAUACAUCGAGUUCACCAAUCAGCCAACAGUGCCGAUUGCGUUGCAAAACAAUGGGAUUGAGUUCAAAGGACGCUGCCUACGGUUUGCCUUUCUCGAUCUAAUUCUUGCAGUAGUGCACAUACCAGCCACCAUCAUUCCAAAGUACCGCGCCGAGGCUUAA